AUGGUUGUUCAAAUCCGCACCAGCCAACAGCAGCAAGCCAAGAUGACCGAGAUUGGCCAGCAGCAGCAGAAAGUGGAAGCCAACAUUUUGGUGCUGGGCGCAGAGAACGUGGGCAAAUCCGCGCUGACCGUUCGAUUCCUGACCCGAAGAUUCAUCGGAGAGUACGUUGGCACCGAGUCCGUCUACACGCACAACAUCAUGGUGGACGGCCGGGAGACCCUCUUCAGCAUCUGGGACUCCGUCUGUCCUCAGAACCCCAAUCUUUCAGACGUGCGUCAGCGAAGAGCAGUUGCGAUGGGCCGAUGGCUUCAUCCUGGUCUACAGCAUCUGCGACCGCGACAGCUUCAACGUGGUACGCCAGCAGCUGCAGCGCGUCCGCCAGCUGAAGAAGCGCCAGAGCUCGGCCCCCGUCAUCAUCGUGGGCAACAAACGGGACCUCCAGCACCGGCGGGAGGUCUCCAGCGAAGAAGGGCGCCUCCUGGCCAUCAGCUCCGACUGCGGCUUCUUCGAGAUCUCGGCGGCGGAGACCUACCACGGCUCGCUGGUGGUCUUCCACCAGCUUCUGGAGUCCGUACAGGAGAACCGCAGCGCCAGCAAGAAAAACGCCGGCAUCAAAGGCAUCGUCAGGAGUAUGUCCGCCGUGUUCGGGCGCAAGAGGACAGAGUG